CAGGGUUCUUCAGCCUGUGACCUCCAAAAGCCUAAAACUCUCUCUCUCUCGCUCUUUCUCUCUCUGCAUUUCAUGCUCCAAUCCUGUUUAGGUCAAUCCGAUUCUCUCUGGGCUUCUACACGAGAAGAUCGCCGUAGCUCGAUAUUUCUCGUUGUUCUGACUGGUAAAUCGCUAGGUCGAAUUUGACUCCUGAUUUGGCAUUAUCUCCUGCAAUCGCGCACAGUAGCCUCGAUGGUUGUGUGAUUCUCGAGUCAACUGCACUUUUGUGGUUGCUGCUGAUGAAUUUCUUUGGAGAGGGCCGUUGCUUUGUUGAGCUUUAAUAAAGGAAAUUGCAUGUUGGGUUGAUCUGUUGUAAAGCUAAGACUGCUGGAAAUGCCUCGCGAUAUAUCAAGGUCUCGUUCACCUUUAUAUAGACGAAGGCGUUCACCUUCUCCUUUGGGGCAUAGGUAUAGCCGCAGGAGUCGAAGAGACAGAAGCCGCUCUCCCUAUUCAUCUUAUUCUUAUAGCAGAAGGAAAAGUCGUUCUAUAUCUCCACGGCGACGCAAGAGCCGUUCUCCGAUAGUGAGGCGUCACAAAAGCCGCUCCCCUACACCUAAGCGCUAUAGAAGGCAAAAGAGUAGAAGUUCCUCAUUGGCUCCUACUCAUAGUUCUUCUAGUCCAAGCCUUGGGUCUGUGGAGCGCAAAAGUGCCAAUGAGAAAUUGAGAAAGGAAGAAGAAGAGAGGAAAAGGCGUCAGCGUGAGGCAGAACUGAAAUUAAUUGAAGAGGAAACUGUUAAGAGGGUAGAGGAAGCUAUCCAGAAGAAAGUGGAAGAGAGCUUGAACUCUGCUGAGAUCCAACUAGAGGUACAAAGAAGGCUGGAGGAAGGCCGGAGAAGGCUUCAUGAUGAAGUUGCAGUACAGCUUGAGAAAGAAAAGGAAAUUUCCCUUAUUCAGGCCAGACAAAAGGAGGAGCAAGCGCGAAGAGAGAAAGAGGAACUAGAAAGGAUGCUGGACGAGAACAGGAGAAGAGUAGAAGAAGCUCAGAGAAAGGAAGCUUUAGAGCAGCAGAAGAGGGAAGAGGCACGGUAUUGGGAGCUGGAGGAGCUCCAGAGGCAGAAAGAGGAGGCUUUGCGGAGGAAGAAAAAGGAAGAGGAGGAGCAACGGCUAAAUCAGAUGAAAGUGUUGGGCAAGAACAAAUUGCGGCCCAAGUUGUCAUUCGCUCUUGGCUCAAAAUGAAAUCGUUCAAGGUAGUUUGUUGCAUAUGUGCACUUGGCUUUUUUCCGCAUUUUCGAGUCUGUAUUAUGGGGAAAUACAUGGAUAGAUAGAAUUGUAGCGGUAUCAGUUCUUCUCUGAUGACGAGCUUGUAUGAUUCUUUUUCCCCUUUAUACUAUAGAAGUGUGGUCUUUUGGUAGUUGCAGUUGCUGAUCACCCAACAAAUGAAAGAACCAUAAGAUUUUGCUUCUUGUUCA